CACGUGUAGCUUCUGCAUGCCAUUUACCAUGCUACUUUUUCUCAAACUUAUCUUCUUUUGGUCUGAUUCACAUUUUUGCUUCCUCCACUAACAACGUUCUCAAUAGCUUCAAUCACACCAACGAGAAUCAUGUGCAUAUGGAGAGUGACUUUGAUGUUUGUGCCGAAUGUGGAUCUCUAGCGGAGUGCGACCACGAUCGCGAGACUCUCACUCCCGUUCCUUCCCGAGGAGGGGCCUGUUCGCUUCCUGGAGUGUGCAAACCUGAUUUGGCGCUCGAGAUUGAUACCCUUGACAUGUGUUCUGUUAAACCCAUUCUACCUCAUUCUGAGGUAUUCAACACAUAUGGAUCGCUUUCAAACGCCGAGCUCAUUUCCAGGUACGGCUUCACCCUGCCGGAGAACGAAUGCGAUAUCGUUAGUUUGGGUUACGGCUCCUUCUCCGCCUUCAUCAACAACCUCAUAGAUGAUGUGGUACACUCUUCCGCCGACUGUGGUAACGAUGCCGACAUGCAGGGGCGCUUACAGAUCCGAGUCAGGUACGGGAACAAGCGAAUAGAUAUGGUGGAUGAGCGGUCAUGUUUUAAUUCCAGAAACUUAAGUCUACCUACGGACUUCCGCGUAUUGGGUGACGAACGCGAGAUAGACGACUUUACGAUCCGAUUCUUACGAAUAUAUUCGCAUUUUGCCAGACAUUGGACGACAGAACCCAGAUGGGACGAGAUGGGUGACAAUGUAAUAGUUUAUAAUUCUCCGUCGAUCUCGUCACCACGGCCUCCACCAGAUGAUCCAGAUUCUGCCCUUCCCGAAGCCUUUAACAUUAACAGCGAGGGAAAGAUGACGCAUACCCUGUGGCUUUUCUGCGUUCUAUUUGCCACCUGCAUAUGUUCGCCGGGAGACAUGACAAAUCUUGCUCACCUGAUUUUUCCGGAUGACAAUGAGCCGCGUCAAUCGUUUGUGGAAGAUGUGAAACGGUACCUUGUGGAUGUACAGGAUCAUAUCGACAACGCCAGGGAAACGGGGGAUGAUGACGAAGAAGUCUCGGUCUCUACAUGGUCGGACCCUCCCUCGGAUACUCGGGACGAUUCCUAUUUCCAUGUCCCCCAAAGCCAUUUGACGGCCGAGACCGAAACCGACAUUGGCGGAAUAUCCAAAGACGAAAACAAUGUUCUUGCCAGCGCAAAAGAUAGUGCCUGUUUCAUAUCUAGUCUCCAGCCAACCAGUAGUUCUCUGGGUCUCGACCUUCCCAUUGAGAUUAGACCCGACGGAGACGCAUGCGUCCCUGCCCAUACUUGCACCACAAAAAUGCCUUCGGCACCUUCAAGCGCCUCACAAGCGGUGGUCUGGAACGGCCUUCGGAGAAGAUCUAAUGUGGAAGAAGAGCGGCCCCAAAAACGUAUGCGGCACACCAGUCCCCAUGCCGUGGAUAGCCAGGAGGAUCUUCCCUUCGAUAUAUUUGGAUGUGGAGAGGCGACAAACGCCCAUCAGGUAGCACAGACGCUUGCUCUUAUCGUGGUACACCUUUGCCAGCACAGGGUCGAUCCUGCGCACGUAUCCGAUGUGAACGCAGGAAAUUUGACUGCAGCGGAACUCGGAGAGCUCCUAGAUGGAAACCCCUUCCUGUGUGUGUGUGUAACACCAAUGCAUAUGCAUCGGACCCGAGUGGCAAUGCUACUAGCGCUGAACGAGAAGUCUAUUCUGGAGAGCUGCGCAUCCACUUGGGGUGCUGUCCUGAAGAACAUUCAUGAUAUCAACAAGGAAUGACCAUACAAGCUCCAGCGGACCAUACAGUUGACGAUAAGUCAUUAGGAAGCUUCUGUGCGGGCAAGUACGUCCGCAUGGAUGUAUUUGGCAAGAGAGGUGCAUGAUAGGACGAUAUAUGUGGCCCGCUGGAGAUAAUACGGCGGGAGCGCAAAUUCUAAUGCAACCUUGACAUGAUGAACUCCCUACGCGAUGCACUAGAACCAAAAAAGAUGAUCAGAUCUGCGCAUGGAUGACAAGUUCAGCAUGAUCAUCCGACGGAAGAAGCCAGCCUUGAACGGACGUACGACCUAUGUGCGCCUGUUCAAUAAGUGCGUCGGAACCGGAAGUAAGAUCGUAACGUCUUGUUAGGGUCUUCGGAGUGUUCUACU